CUAGGGACACUUUUGGUUUCAGAAUCGAGACGACGACGUGCACUUUUCCACCGGCCACCACAACAACCACCACCAAUACUCAGUUUUUUUGGCACUGUACACCAGCGGAAUAUCAAUACUCAGCAAGUUUCCUCAAAACACCAAUCCUCAGUUUUUUUGGCAUUGCACAAAUACAAACGAGGCGUUGCACACCAACGGACACAUAUCACCAAUUCUUGUUGCACUUCCAACCAACGCAGGCAAACCAGAAAGAUGACUCGCUAUGGAAGCUUAAAGAAGACCGCGGCGCUACAUCCGAACCGCUACCCGCUUUCAUGCACGCUGUGCAAGGGAAAGCACCCAUUGCGGCUCUGCUCGUCCUUCCGGGCCAAGACACCGGAGGAGCGCCUACGGGAGGCACUCAUCGGAAAGUACUGCAUAAAUUGCCUCGCGGUCAACCACCGGUCAGCGAACUGCCCCAGCGACGCACGGUGCCGGCGCUGCAACGAGAAGCACCACACGAUGCUCCACAUCGGCGAAAAUACCCGUCGCCGCCCCGCAGUGCCUCAAAUCCUAUCAUGGAGCGAACAAGUAAGUUCCGAUGAUGCCCUCUCCAUUGAUGCAUCAGACCCUGGAACGGAGACUAGGCCUCUCCAACCAGAACCGGAGGAGGGAGAACUCCUUGAAAUCGGAGCGGAAACACGGCCUUUCCGCCCAUCACAGCGAGGGGAAACGGAAACCCGGACUUUCCGCCCCCUUCUGCAACAUGGACGUCGCGGACACAAACGCCGUCUGCGCCGUCGCCAAGCGCACAACCCGGCCAGACUGGAGACCAGGUCUCUCCAGCUGCACCGGGCUAGCUCCUUCAGAGCCGGGCUAACCAAUCGAGCCGGCAGAGUGGCUCAUUCCUUGCUGCCAACGACAGCCAUCUUACCGACGGCGGUAGUGAAGAUCGAGGCAGGAGGACGCCUCCACUUAAUCAGGGCGCUGAUAGACGCAUGCGCCCCUACGUCGCUAAUUGCGCGCGACCUAGCAGUCGAAUUGAAAUUGGAGCAGACGCAUAUCGGCGGUCAACGCGGCUGCCUUGUAGUACUGCGCGGCAGACACGGGACAAAUACCCGCAUCUCAACCCACGUGAGGACAAUAAACGGCUAUAUGCGCAUCAGCCCGACCACCACAUUGGACUCCGACCUAGCAGCCCCAUACUCACACAUCAAGCUGGCGGAUCCAAACUUCUAUAAGUCAUCGCCGAUACGCUUGGUGCUCGGCGCGGAUGUGUAUUCCCGCAUCAUGACCCAACAGGUCAUGCCACACACAUUUGGGCAGUUCCUCGCUCAGGGCUCCAUCUUCGGCUGGGUGCUCUCGGGUACGGCCCGGUACUAG